AUGGCGGAGGUGAAUCCUAUUUCUCUGCUGCCGCAACCUCCUUCGCCAAGGACUACUAUCUCAAUCACUCAUUCUAUGGCUUCAGGUUCCGUUGAUGAAACAAAGGGACAACAACUAAUGGAUGAUAAUGGUAUUGGUUCAUCUAGUAAGGAUUUUACAACUAGUAUACUGGAUACUUCAGAUAUAGGUGGGGAAUUGAAUAGCAAACCUGAAAUUGGGAUGGAAUUUGAGUCCAUUGAAAAGGUUAGAGAAUUUUAUAAUUCUUUUGAUAAGAAGAAUGGUUUUGGAGUACGUGUUCGUUCAAGUAAACCAAAGAGAGCAGUUUUGGUAUGUUGCAAUGAAGGUCAACAUAAAGUGAAGAUCUCAAGAACUGAAGAAAUUCAAGAUAGCACUAAUCAAACUAAAAGAAAGUGCUCAACUAUCCGAAGUGGUUGUGAGGUGUAA